GAGUGUUUUCUAGCAGUCUGUCAAUAAGUUCUUUGCUUGUGUCGUAAGUAAUAAUUCUAACGUGUGUAAUUCUUGCAGGUCACGCUUGCCAAGAUGCUCUGCGAUAACUGUGAUAAUGUGGAGAGUGAGCAGCGGUCCGUCUUUGACCUUCCUGACCCCUUCCUGAACCCUCGUGUGUCCCGCCGUGACCUGCCGGGGAUCAACCCGGAGCUGUGGAAGGAGCGCGUGUCAUGUGGGAACAACUUUACGAGCUCCGCAAGACCAGCCUGGGACGUGUGAUCUGCGACAACAGCGACAAGCUCCAGCACGUCCAGCCCAAGGUCAUGCUGGAGGCUGAUUCCUUCCUGAAUGCCCCAAUGGCCUGCCAGGGGAAGCAUAUCAAGGGUGUGGACCUGAAGAAGUGGAAGACCGCCAGCCCCAACUUCAUCAUUCCCGACAAGAUGCUUCAGGAGAGCAUUGAGAGGGCCAGGCGCGACAUCACCAACAUGAGGGACUCCGAGUGGAACCUCUGGGAAGCACAGCUGACUGCCGACCCCAAAGGACCUCUGGGGUCAGCCUACGCCUUCAGCAAGCCCAAGGCGCAAUCCGUCAAGAUCUCAAACUCCUCGUUCAUCCUGCAGUUUGCUUCAGCGCGAUUUGUAAACAACUAUUUCGCUGGGUCAGGCAGCACAAGGGCACGAAAAACACGCGCAGCUGACCGCCAGCUGAAGGACACUGAAUCCGGGUCACCAAGCAGCGUCCUCGACCUGAUGGAAGUGUUGGCAAACAUUGACGUGAGCGACAUCAUGGAAAUCCCCAGUGUGUUUGAGUGUGACGACCAGAUGCCUUGCGACCAUACACCACGAUUCCGUACGGCGACAGGAUGGUGCAAUAACCUGAAUUUCCCGUCCUUCGGCAAGUCAUUCCGGGCCAAGAGUCGUCUGUUGAGGCCCUCCUAUGAAGGUGGUCUAUCAAAACCCCGAGCUACGUCAAUCACAGGUCAGCCGCUUCCCUCCCCUCGGCUAAUCUCUAUGAACAUGCACAACGAUGUCUCGGCUCCUCAUGUUCGCUACACCCUCAUGGUCAUGCAAUGGGGGCAGCUUAUCGACCAUGACAUCAUCUUCACGCCCAUCAACAAAGGUUACCGAGAGCAGAUGAACCAGGUCACUGCAUUUGUGGACGCCUCACACACCUAUGGCUCAGACAAGUGUGAACAGAGACAGCUGAGAAUGAUAACGGUGAGGGAUGGCAAGGUGCGUGGCACUCCUAACCCCUUGAGAGGCAAGCUGCUGCUGCCCACUGAGCAGGAGAAUCAUGAGUGCCAGGCGCCAUCAGGAAGGUGUUUCAUAGGAGGCGACACUCGGGCCUCUGAGCAGCCAGGUCUCACCGCGCUUCACACCCUCAUGAUGCGUGAGCACAACCGCGUCGCUGGGGAGCUCAAGCGCCUCAACAAGCACUGGAGCGACGAGCAGCUCUUCCAGAACGCUCGGCGGAUCGUGACGGCCAUCAACCAACAUGUGACGUACAAUGAGUGGCUGCCGAGAGUCCUGGGAUGGAACGCAGUCAACCUGUAUGGCCUUAACCUGCUGCCAGAGGGACACUAUGAAGGAUACGACGCAUAUUGCAACCCUACGGUCCUCAACGAGUGUGGAAUAGCCUUUCGCUUCGGCCACUCCCUGCCGAAGCCUUCCCUGGAGCGGAUGGACGGAAUCUUCGCCAAGCAGGACCCUCCCGUCAAGCUGAGUGAGCACUUCUUCAACCCAGACUUGCUCUACCAACCGGGAAUGCUCGACGAAAUUAUCCGAGGGCUCACAACUGUCUCCAUGGAAACGCUUGACCAGUUCUUGACGGAUGAGGUCACGAACCAUCUAUUCAAGGACAAGAAGAGGCCAUUCUCUGGGCUUGGCCUUGCAUCACUGAAUAUCCAGAGAGGUCGCGAUCAUGGACUACAACCUUAUAAUGAGUACCGAGCGCUGUGUAGCCUUACGCGAGCGAGAAGCUUUGAUGACCUACACCGGGAAAUCGCACGGCUGGUCAUUGAGCGUUUGAGGCGGACGUACGCACGCGUCGACGAUACUGACCUCUUCACUGGCGGCCUAAUCGAAACGCCACUCCACGGAGGACUUGUAGGACCCACCUUCGGCUGUAUCCUCGGCAUCCAGUUCUGAAACCUUCGGAAGGGUGGCCUCUGGUACAAACAUUCUGACCCCUUGGAACGAUUCACCGACCCACAGCUGACGGAGAUAAGGAAGGUCACGCUUGCCAAGAUGCUCUGCGAUAACUGUGAUAAUGUGGAGAGUGAGCAGCGGUCCGUCUUUGACCUUCCUGACCCCUUCCUGAACCCUCGUGUGUCCUGCCGUGACCUGCCGGGGAUCAACCCGGAGCUGUGGAAGGAGCGCGUGUCAUGUGGGGUCGGCAAGACUAAUAUUGACAUCGGGGCAGCCGAGCGCAUAUCACCCUGUGUCAUGUGCACCUGUACCAAGGAAGGGAAUUGAAUGGCUGAACGGACAUCUCUGGCGUCUUGGUCUGCCUGCGGCACACUGCACACUCUGGAAGAAGAAAGAACACCAAGAUGUCAAGUUCCUGCAGAAUCAGCCUCUUAGUGAAGGAAAUGUGCUCUAUUUAUUUAAUAAAUAAUUGACAAAAAAAAAA